AAGAGCGCAAGCGUGUCAGCUGUAUGUCUGUCCGUCAAAAUACAUCAGCAAUUUCUUGAGUGCAGUUGAACGCGGAUUAACGGAAGAGAUAACGAUACAAAGUUUAUUAAAACGGCGGAAUAAUAAUAUUUCGUGAAGCGUUCUCUGAACCCAGAUAACACACGUAAUUAUUAAAGCAAUUCACUGACGAUCGCGCGUUAGUCGUGGUAGUGAAGGCCAUUGUGUGUCAUGGCCUUCCUCUUAUAUAAGUUCUCGCUCGGAAUUCACACUCACGGCAGUGUCAGUGCGUUCGUCAUGCAGUAAGCAGCCGUGAUAGAUAAACGCUCGCCGGCAUAUUACGCGAUUUGCCGCAGCUGAUUUAACACAAAAAUUACAAAACUUAAAGUAAGUGCAAUAGUGAAAGUUGAGUAUGAAAUCAAUGCAAAUAUAGGUAUAAAACUGCAGCAGUACAUCUUUGAAUAAUUUUACUUUGUGCCAAAUCUAUGAAAUUGAGUGAUUACUAGAACGAGAAUAUUUCUAAACAAUGAUGAUCACAGAUUGUAUAUUAUAGAAAAAUGUUUCAAAAAUAUCAUCGACCGAAAUAUUUUGUAAUGUGUUACAAUGCGAUUUAUAUCGUAUUAUUCGCGAUAUGUGUAACAGCUCCUUGAAAUAGCGAGUGAAUCGCCAAGUUUAUAUUAUAAUUGACGACGUAACUCGCGUUUGAAACUUUGUUAAAAUGGUUGGCGAACACAACAGAAGCAUCUUUACAUAUGACACGUUUGUACACGCGAUAUCUGGUGCAGCGGGUAGUGUCAUCGCGAUGGCAGCCUUCUACCCUCUAGAUACCGUCCGAAGUCGUUUACAAUUGGAAGAGGGACGGCAAUCGAAAAAUACGUUGGCAACCAUACGAGAACUUAUUGCGAAAGAAGGACCGUAUACCUUAUACAGAGGUAUGGUGCCCGUUCUGCAAAGCUUAUGCGCGAGUAAUUUUGUUUAUUUCUACACAUUCCACGGCUUAAAAGAAUUAAGAAGCAGAAGAAACCAAACGGUUGGCAGCGACUUGCUUAUUGCGUCGAUCGCUGGUGUAAUCAAUGUUCUCACAACAACCCCUCUGUGGGUUGUAAAUACAAGAUUGAAGAUGAGAGGCGUCGAAAUUACUGCAGAAAGAAAUAAUAAUGAAUAUACGACUCUAUAUGACGGUCUCAUGCAUAUAUGGAAGUAUGAAGGUUUAAAACAGUUAUGGGCGGGAACAUUGCCGAGUCUCAUGCUCGUCGCGAAUCCCGCGAUCCAAUUUAUGACAUAUGAGAGUAUUAAAAGAAGACUUAAUGUAUCUCUCGGUGGUGCUCAGCCACCGGCAUGGGCUUUUUUUGCUAUCGGUGCGAUAGCGAAAACGAUUGCCACGUCAUUAACAUAUCCUUUGCAGCUUGUGCAAAUGAAGUUGAGGCAUGGACACAAGUAUCCUAACUUGCCUCCAAAUGCAGGCACGUUGCAAAUAUUAUUCUACAUUUUGAAAACCUUCAACAUGGACGUAGACACAGCAAGUGACAAUACAUCUAUCGACGACAAGAUAGACGAUUUUUGCGAGAAUCCUACGCGGGAUGCGUUAACGGAGGGUCUUAUGAGUCUCUUGAAACCUACGGUGGAUCAGUUGGAUGACAGAAUUCGAGCUACAAGAAUAUGCCAAAUAGAGUUGAAGCAGCAGAUUGAAUCUUUGACGGAGGAACUUCAGAAAAUUAAUGAAGCAUUACAAUAUCCGCUAGAAACUGAUUCUUAUGUGAAGAAACUCAUCAACGCUAAGCACAAAAUUACCAUUGUCAGCAACAUUUUGCAAACCACUCAAGAGCGAUUGAACAAAGUACAUCAAGCUGUGGAAAAGAGCACCGCCAAGAGAAAGACACUCUUAGAUAAUAGUUCUGCGUAUAGUAGUACCGUUGAACCAAAUAAGGAAGAAUCAGUCAAUGUGGAAGCUGAUAAACAACAGUAAUUUUCAACGUAAUUAAUUAUAUUAUUAAUAUUUUAUUCACAUUAUUACUUAACAUUGACUAUACUCUUUUCAAA